AUGGCGGUCGGAAUGGUGAAGGUCAGCGGAGGGGACUGGCGGUUGUGUGGGAAAAGGGGGAGAGAACCGGUGGAGAGGGACAGAAUGCGAGGCGCGGAAGAGAGGGGGGAGGCGGCAGUGGGGAGGGUGACGACAGGGGGGAGGGGGGCGGUAGGGGGAAGGGAGGCGGCAGGGGGAAGGGAGGCGGCAGGGGGAAGGGAGGCGGCAGGGGGAAGGGAGGCGGCAGGGGGAAGGGAGGCGGCAGGGGGAAGGGAGGCGGCAGAAAAAAGAGGAUUUGAAGACAGGCAGAGGAGGGGGACGAGUGGAGGCAGCGUAGGGGCAUGGGCAAGGCCAGGGGAGGGGAGAGGAGUGGGAGGAGCGCAUAGGGCGAGUACCAGAAUCAGAGAGGACGCAUGGGUGGCACCUUCGUGGGCGAAGAGAGGCAAGCGGGCAUGGUGGAUGGAGGGGGAGGAUGGCGGGAGUGGAGCGGAUGAGAGGACUGCAGGGGAUGUGGGUACGAUUAGCCCCGUGGCGCUCGCGCUGCAGGAGAGGCGCAAGGUGGUGCGGGCGGCGCUGAUGUCAGCAUUCGAGGAGGUGAAACUGGGGAAGGUGUAUUCCAGGGAGCUGGUCAGGCACCUCCCCGCCUACAUCGACCAACUAGUGCUCCAGGCCGUUGCCCUCAAGUCUGAUCCGCACUACGCGUUUCACUCCUUCCCCCACCGCGCGGCCAUCGCAGUGCACCGCUCUGCACCGCACCUGCUGGCGCGGUGGCUGAAACAAACAGCCAAGCAGACCUUCGCCCGCACUGCCGCCCUCAUCACCCUCGCUGCUGCCAUGGACGCUGAUUCUACUGAUGCUGGUUCUGGUGCCGGUGCUGGCGAUGUUAAUGCUGCCUCGGACGCUCAUUCUCUUGCUGCUAAUGCUGAUUCUCCUGCUGUUCCUGCUGAUGCUCCCGAUGCUGGAGCUGAGACUAUUGCUGCCACUGCCCUCCAAGUUGUUGCUGCGAGGGGAUAUGGACGUGAGCAGAAGGAGCAGGAGCGGCGGAGUGGUGUGGUGUGGGUGCGGGAUUACAUAGAGUGGUUGCACCGAGCAGGCGUGAAGCAUGACGUGGUGGGGCGUAUUGUUGUGCGCAACCCUGCCAUCCUUGCCACACCCAUACCCCACCUUCAGGCCCGGGUAGACUACCUAGUCAAUCAAGUGGGCGUGCGCAGGGAGUGGGUAGGAGUGGUGCUCAGCAAGGCGCCAGGCGUGCUGGUGGAUCCCUUUGAGCAGCUUCGAGAAAAGGGUAGGCUGCUGCAUGCUGUUCUCGAGCCGCUGGCAGCACAGCAGCGAGAGCAGUGGGAGGAGCGGGAGCGGGAGAGGAGGGCGCGAGAGGCAGAAUGGGAGGAGGAGGCGAGGUUGAGAGAGUGGAGGGAGGUGAGGGAGGAAUGCGAGGAGGGAGAGGGGGGGAGUUGGGCAGCAACGGCAACAGCCACGACCACAAUCCCAGCAGCAGGAGCAGCAGCAGCAGCAGUAGCAGCAGCAGCAGCAGCAGCAGCAGCAGCAGCAGUCAGAAGAGCAGCAGAUGCAGACGAAAGAUCAGAAACAGAGCAAAGAGCAGCAGCAGCAGCAGCAGAAGAAGAAGAAUCAGAGUCGCUGGUUCUAUCUCUCCCCCCUCUCGCCUCUCGAGACGUCCCAGCAGCUCUCCGCCUGCCCGACUCCUUCCAGCACCACCCGUUGCCAAAAACUGUGUUUGAGCUGGCGGGCACAGUGGUGUACAACCACCCCCAUGUGAUGAGCCAAGGGGAUUUACCCAUGGAGGCAUUGCAAGCCAAGGUGAGACACAUGGCGCAAUCCUGCCUGCCAGAAUCCUUCCUUCCAGCACCCCACCCCCUUGCCCAAGAGUGUGUUCGAUUUGAGCUGGCCGGCACAGAUGUCUACAACCACCCGCAUGUGAUGAGUGAGGAGGAUCUGCACAUGGAGGCACUGCAAGCCAAGAGCGUGUUUGAACUGGCGGGCACAGUGGUGUACAACCACCCUCAUGUGAUGAGCGAGGAGGACCUACCGAUGGAAGCACUACAAGCCAAGGUGAGAGACAUGGCACAUCGAGAGUGCAUCCAGACACCCGCCUGCCCGACUCCAUCCUUCCACCACCAUUUGUUGCCUAUAUCCGUGCGGGUGCUGGCCGGCACAGUGGUGUACAACCACCCUCAUGUGAUGAGCGAAGAGGAUUUAACCAUGAAGGCCCUAAGGUAG